GGGGUCAAAUAGGACACACCUCCAGGAAAGGUCUGGAUUUCUUGGCGUUUUGACAUGCCUCCAAUAUAGUGAUGAAACUGGUCUAUUUUUAGGGAUGAAUAAUGGAUUUGUAUGAUUUGGAAGCAACGAUCGUAGCUCAAGAAAUUGAAGUGUGAGCCAGGAACUGACAAUACUCGUGUGCCAAGACACGACGUGAUAGUAUCGGCAUAAUAUAUAGCCAUCCAGCCAUUGCUUCAUAGUGACACCGCAAGCAAAAGAAGUGGAAGAUGUCUCUCCAGGUAAUAAAGGAUGAAGAGCGUAAACACGAUGUUCCAGCGGUGGAAGAUGAUGCAGGAGAUGUUGACGGGGGAGCAGAGGCUGCAAUAUAUGUAACAGCGAUCCAUGACCAUGUGGUCACAUACAAGUUCCGAGACCGCAAUAUAAAAAUGGUUGCAGCAUGGAUGGAACAGUUUGAGGAUCACAAAACAAGAAUAGAGAUAUCCCAUGGUGACAUAUUCAAAGACGCUCCCUCAGCUGAUGCUCUGGUUUCCCCUGCCAACAGUUUUGGCUUCAUGGAUGGUGGGAUCGAUAUGGCCUACAGCUUGCACUUCCGCUGGCAGAUGCAAGAAAGACUUCAAAACAUCAUCCGCACUGAAAAACAUGGUGAACUUUUAGUGGGAGAUGCAAUCAUCAUGCCAACAUUUGAAGGCGGGGCUAAAGAGGACUCCAUGGAUUGGUCAAUGACGAACGAGGGCCAGCCAAUCAAAUGGCUGAUAUCAGCUCCAACAAUGAGAGUCCCAAUGACUGUGAAGGGCACAGUUAAUGCAUACCUUGCUUUCAGGGCUGUUAUACUGGCAGGUGGCUUCAUUCAUUGA